GGUCCUAUGCCGGUUGCUGCCCACGAAUCUGCUUGCACAUUUGACAUCCUGGCGUGCUGAUCGUCGAUCAUCGCACUCGGGCUCGUCCAUCCAUCCGUCAGCAUCCACUCGGCCUCUGUCCAUCCAUCGAUCGGUGCCUGUUCUCAUCCACCCGCCUGCAUAUUUCAUCCACCCGAUUUCCGCCUGGCUGUCCCCCCCCCCAGUUCGCGCCUCGACAUCCAGCACACACAUCCACAUCCACAUCCACAUCCACAUCCACCCUCGAGACCCGGCGACGUGAGCUUCGCGGCAGAAUGGAAGCAAAGUCGCUGCAGGUCACCACCAAGGAAGGCUAUGCCGACCUGCUCCGCACCCUGAUCCACCACCACCAGACCCAGCUGGCCGUCACAGCCUCUGGCAAGAGACGAUCGACCGGUCUGCCAACACCCUCGAUCUCCAGUGACUCGAGCGGGGACACCGACACCGAUCCCGACAGCGCAGGUCCCGCCCGCAAGCGCUCGCACUCGCUGCUGCGUGCGGCAGCCCCCACCCACGCUUCGUACAGCUUCACCGGCAUCGCACCGGGGCUGAAUCCCGUCCAUCUGGCCGCCUCGAUUCAGCCAGGUACCACGGCGCAGUGGCCCGGCUGGCUCCCUGGCUCCAGCCCGUAUGAACUGCCGCUGGAUUACGAGCGCAUUUGUGUCGAUAACUUCUUCAACUACAUCUCCAUCCGACAUUUUCCGUGCGCCCUCCUUCGGCCCAUGGCCUUUGAAGAGCUUCAGCUGCUUCCAGAGUACCUUCGCUCCAUCGUGAUUGCCCUUGGCCUCUGGGGCAGCUCCAUCCAGUUCAUCCGUGGCCGGUCGGUGCUGUCGAGCGCCUCAUUGAACUAUCGCACGUACUACUACGAGCGAUGUCGGUGCCUGGCCCUCAAAAUCCUCGACGAGCCGUCACUGGAACUGCUCCAGACCCUGAUCCUGAUGUCGCACUACACUCUGCUCAUCAGCAAUAUCAAAUCGUCGCUCAAGUACUUGGACUUUGCGAUAAGAAUGGUCAAGCAGCUGCGGGUCCAUGUGCAGGCACGGAUCGGACCCGGCGAGAGCCUGCCUUGGCACCUGGUCGAGAUGCGCCGCCGUGUCUCAUACCACUUUGUGCUGCUGGGGUACAAGCUCCAAAACUACGCCCGUGAGCUCUAUCAGCUUGCCGACGAUCACUCCAGGGCCAUCGCCGGGGCGGAGCCCUCGCUCGAGAACCUGUGGAACAACAGCGCCGUCGAAAGCGCAACUCUGGAUCGCACCCUCUACGUCGACACGGUUGUGCCCCGCUUCUUCUCGUACAACAUGUAUCUGCAUCGUAUCUACCACUCCGGAUACAGGUACCUGGCUAUCUACAACGAUGGCCCGCCGGAGGGAUCGCCGUCCAUGUACGAGCAGCUAGCCCUCGUCGAGGAAUACAAGGCCUGGAAGGAGGAAAAGCUGACCGAGCUGUGGUCCUGGUAUGCGGGGCUGCCGAUCUGGCUCAAGAGCGUUGCCGACCUCAAGGACGGCCGUGACCUGCCACUUGGCGUCAAGAUCAUGGAUGUGAUUCUGCUGAACAUUAUGUUCUACUGCUGUCUGAACAUGGUGUACUACCCUGCAAUGAUUCAAGAGCUCUGGGACUAUCCUGACGCGCCUCUGACCGAGCUACCCAACUACCAGUCCUGCGUCGCCUACCAAAAGCACAUCACCAACCUGAUGAUCUUGUCGUGUGCGGUAGAUCCGCUGCUGCAGUCCCUGAACUUGUUCAUCACCUUUGGCUUGUUCCUGAGCAGCACACACACCUAUCGGAUCUAUCUGUUGGCUGAUCCCCGAUCAAGCAUUCGGGAGGUCAUUGGAUUGGAAAUCGAGCAAGUCCGUGUCGUACACAGGGACGGCGAGGCAGAAGAGGGCAAGUGGCAUGGGUGGGAGUUCACUCAAGGACAGAAGCUCCAGGAUCUGCCGCACCCGGUGCUGCGAUACCUGAACCGCGACAGCAUGGUUCUGCGCGAGGAUAUCCACAUCUGGGCCGACUACUUCAAUGCUGCUGUCUUCAAGCAACUGGUCCGGAUACCCAAGGAGCUCGAUCUGCCCCGCCAGUGCGCCAUGGCCCGCAGCUACCGCGAGAUCGGGGCCAGGUUCUACCAUAUCGCCCUGGGACCGUGGGUCCCGCCGUCGUAUCUGUGAGCCAGCGACAAUACACUCUGACGCCGCCUUGCUGGCUGUGGCAUUG